AUGUUCAAAAGUAUACCAGAACAUAUAAAAUGUGAUAUAACUCAUAAUGUAAUUGAUAAAUUAGGAAGAGAUUUUGUGAAUAAUAAUCAAUUGACAACAACAACAUCUAACAAUACUACUGAUAAAGCUACUUAUAAACAGAAUAUAACACAAUUGAAAUUAACAUCAUCAUCAUCAUAUACUACUAAUAAAGAAUUAGAACAAUCAUUUAAUAAUCAACAAUCUAUAAUGAAUACAACACAAUUUCUUAGACAACGUGUUACUGAAUAUUUAUUUGAAUUUUUAAAUUGGUUUGUAUUAUCACAAAUAUUUGAGACAGAAAUUAAAGUAGAUCAAGAUUUAUGGGAAAAUAUUCAAGAUGAAUUAAGAUUUGAAUUAUCAUAUUAG